AUGGUGCUGGAGAAGCUACUGUCCAUGUUCAUGAUGGGAAAUGAUGAUGUUGCCAAGUGCUCUCCGAUUGCAUCGAAAAAGAAUAAAUUGGCGCACAUGUUUUCGAAGGUUUUAUUUCACGGAGGCGCCGGGAUCACCAAUGAUGGAAUCGCGAGCGUGAAACCCGAGGAAAAGAAAUCGAAAGAUCCAUCCGAGAAUACUCAAGACGAGUUCCAAGAUGCCGUGACAAUGGAAGCAUUUUUUUCACAGAUAUUUGCGAGCAUAGCCGCCGUUAAAGCUGCGCAUCGAAAGAUCGUUGCGGAGCUCAAGAAUUUGUCGGAGCUAAAGGAAAGUUACUUGAAUAAGCAAUUCAACGACCCGGACGUCGAGACAACUCUACUCUUGUCUGAACUCCGUGAGGCGAAGAGUAUUCAGCAAAUCUUCGAGAUCACUAUAAAGAAAUUGGAUUCAGAUCACAAACUCAAGGACUCCGAAAUCACCUUUCUGAAAGAAAAAUUAGCCGAGGCGAACGGGGAGAACAAACUGAUCGAAAAGAAGAUUUAUUCGAGCGGGCAGCUUGCCGUUCCUGACAAAAUUCAGCUGCAAGAUCUGAACCAGAAUUAUAUCAUCUCAUGUAUCCGUCAUACGGUGAAAUCCAUCCGAAGCUUCGGCCGCGGGUUGGAAUUUGGACAAAGCCGCAUCUGUAGUCGAACCCGGUGCCUUUUUCGGGGCGCCUGA